AGACCCGGCGACGCCGGAUCCCCGGGCCCAGCCGGACCCAAGGGAGAUCUCGGUCCUCAAGGCGUGCCGGGGACCCCAGGAGCCAAGGGGGAGAAGGGCGAGCCUGGCAGUGCCCUCUCACUCGCCGCCAAAGGAGACAAGGGCAGCCAAGGCUACAGGGGCCCCCCGGGCCCCUACGGACGCCCCGGGCACAAAGGAGAAAUCGGCCUUCCUGGAAGACCAGGCCGCCCGGGCAUGAACGGCCUGAAGGGGGAGAAGGGCGAGCCUGCGGAUGCCCAGGGAGGCCUGGGACCAAGG